AAUGAAAUGCAGCGACUGUAAGCGCGGAGCGUCUGUUAAUGCGGGGAAGAGGAAGAGCUACAGGUCGGCGUGCUGCAACCUCCAUCUGCUCCAGAGCGGCUAAAAUAGGACACAGCAGCCUCAAAUAGCCGCUUUCACCUGCUGUCGAGUUUUAUAUGCUCUAAACAAAGUGCAUGCGGCUCUUGUGACAGUUUCAUCAUGCCAGUUGAAUUGGCUAUGCCGGUCUUUCUGUCAAAUGAGGAGUUCCAGAACAGAAAGACGUCCAAGUACAAGAGAUCCCUGCGGCCAUGCCUGCACUCGAGAUCAGUUCCUUCGCUCAGCUUUCACUCUCCUCUCCAGAAGUCCGAACUGAAUGAGGUGAAUGUGUCUUUGAAGGCACACGGCAAGGCCAAAAAGCAGGUGUCUUUUGCCGACCACAAGGGCUUGGCCCUCACCAUGGUGAAGAUAUUCUCUGAAUUCGAUGACCCUAUUGAUGUCCCACUAAGCAUUCAACAGCUUUUCACCUCUACGCUUAUGGUGUCCGAAGACGAGAACAAGCUAAUCCUUGACUUUACCCAGCCAUCUGCAGAUUAUUUGCGGUUUCGUCAGCGUAUAGAGGAAGACUUUGUUUGCCUUGAAAACUGCAUGCUAAAGGAUAGGGCUGUGGCAGGCACUGUCAAAGUCAAAAACCUUUCGUUUGAGAAGUCUGUUAAAGUGCGCCUCACAUUUGACACGUGGAAGAAUUACACAGAUGUAGAUUGUCAGUAUGUCAAGGACACUUACACAGGCACUGACCGGGACACCUUCUCUUUUGAGGUGGACUUACCUGAGCAAGUGCCACCACACGAACGAAUUGAGUUUGCAGUGUUCUAUGUGGUGAAUGGUGUCACAUACUGGGAUAGCAACAAGGGGCACAAUUACAGAAUCAUCAGCUCAUCACUGAAGAAGAGUUCAAAUGACCUGAGCAGUGGUCAUCAGCACUACGGUGUCAGUGACUGGGACGUUCACUUUGACAGAUAUGGAAGCCCCAGGUGUUCUCAUGGAAUUUUUGCAGAGUGGCCGAGCUACGCUGGCUAUGAGGACCUUGGCCCAUAUUACUGAAUCCUCUUUUAGUGCUUUUGUCAGCCAACACAGUUAUCAUCUAUGUCAUUGGUUAUAUAGAUAAUCUCUUGAGCUGUCAAAAGAAAUCUUUAAAAUCAAGACCAAUGUCAGGUCUAUUUUUGAGAAUGUAUUAAUGAUUUAUGUGACUCAAGAAAUUCAACGAAUAUACCUCAGACACUUUCAGUAGAUCAAGCUAUAUUUAUUUUGUUACUAUAGUGAAAUAAGAGUAUGUAAUUUUCUGAUAAAAUACUUUCUGUUUGAAGACAAGUUGCAAGACAACUUGUUUGUGUUGUAAAAUAUGAUCUCAUACAUGUUUGAAUGCAUAUCAGUUUUCUUCCAGAAAUGUAAUGGAUUGGCUUUGUCCUUUCUGUGCUGCUGCCUUUAAAUAAUGCAUGUUUCCUAUGGACCGUUAAAUCAUGCAUUCACUGUAUAUGUGUGGAAAAAUGCGAGUGUUGUUUAGUUUCUGUUGGCUGAUGGAAGUCUAAGCCUGUCUAUAAAUUUGGGUCUUCAUUGACAGCAGGAUGAAUGAUAAAACGAACACUGACCUGUUAUAUCAUUUUUUUUUUGUGUGUUCAGUUGCAUAAUCCACUCAGUUAUGCAACACGUUACAGUUGGUCAGGUUUAGUAGAUGCACUGGUUGGUGCAUUGUCAGACACAAACUUUUAAUGUUGGUCUGUUUGGUGCACGGUAGAUGCAGAAAAGUUGUUUUUAUUUUUUAUCAUUAAUGAAAUCUGUAAAUUUGUCUAAUUUGCUGUAUAGUUCAUUGUGUUGAUCUUCCUUUAAGUGCAACACGUGAUGUUAAGCAUCAACUCACAAUGUUAUGCCUUUCAAAAUGUUUUUCACUUAGUUUUGGUGAAGGGAUGCACUUUGAAUCAGAUACCAAUUGCAGUGUUUUAAGCCACAGUUUUGACAUGUCUGUUCUUUUUUUUUCUUCCUUUUUUUUCAGUAUCACUUUUGUGCAUUUCAGAAUAUUUUGGUCAAUAUUGUUCUUUUGGCAUGUUCAUGUUCAGUCAAUGCUUUUUAGUGUUUUAUUUUUCUAUAAUUAAUGUUGAAUAAAGAAUAAUAUAAUAAAUGUACUGAGUUUUGCUUAUGGAUGGUCUGCUUUAGUCUGCAAAGCAGACCAUCAGUUUAGAAAUGUUUGAAUAGGUAAAGCCUACAGGACUAUAUUGAUUUAUGACAUUGCACUUUGCAAUAAACCUGAGUUCAAGUUCAUUUACAGGGCAAAGAGUAGAUGAUUUGUUGACCCCUUCACCUGUUCAUAGCUUACUUUGACAGGAUCAAUUUAAAAAAUGUAAAUAAAUGGAAUAAACAUGCA